AUGCUCACGACUCAGAGGCCGUCGCCACGUGGCACUGUGGCCGACACAAGUCUCAGUGAUAUGGGCUCCCUGGACGCAGCCGCAAGCACAGCCCCUGAAGCUUCUUCCAGCUCCAUCCUCCAGUCGCUUGCAGAAGGGAAGGGAUACCUGGCGUCAGAAAUUAAGCGCACAGCGGUGGGGGUGAAGGCCGAAAUUGCCGCCAUUGGGGCCCGCACAACGGAAACAGAACACAGGGUGGCACGGAUGGUCACAGCACAAAAUGACACCGCAAAACUUACCAAUUCCCUCCAGCAAAAAAUCACUGACUUGGAGAUAGAACUGGAGGACAUCUCUAACAGAUCGCGACGUAGCAAUCUGCGUAUAAGAGGCCUCCCAGAAACAGUGAAGGAGGAAGACAUAGAAUCUGUGCUUAUACAAUGCUUUUGCCAAAGCCUGCCAAACAUACCAGACCACCUAUGGCUGGUUGAUAGAGCUGCCAGAGGCCGAAGAUGUCAUUAUGAAAUGGCACUACUUCACAACGAAGGAAGCCAUCCUAAGGCACAGCAGAACGCGACCAUUCAAACAUGA